UAAAUCAUUUAUAUUUUCUCAAUAGUAGAUGUAUAAUGGUAUAUAAGUUGCAAUAUUAAGAAUGAGCUUGACAUUCGACCCUUUUAGAUUUUGGGGUCUUGCCAUCAAAAUCAAGAUCGAUCAGCACUGGUGUUAAUAUUCUCUCAGCGAUUCAGACGUGUUGAGCAGUUCGUUGGCAACGUGCGAUAGGCACACACCUGCGAUUGCUCCGAAUUCUUUAAGGGGCAGUCGCACACGGUCGAAUCUUACAAUAUCCAACUCAAAAUCUCGAGCAAAACAACCUGAGUUUCUUCCAAAAAGUUGAUAUACAUCGAGUAAGUUAAACUACCCACUUGCUGAACAGUGGUGCCAUAUACAUACGUAUACACUUCGAAGAUGACUACGAUGGUCCGGAGACUCGGCAGACUCAAAUAAUCCGCGAAGCUGAAGCAAACGGUUGGACUAUGACUCAAAUUUUGAAACGGUGUUGAACUAGUUGAAAGUGCGAUUGGGAUGGCAUUUAUUGGCUAAUUUGUUGUUGCAAUUGGGACUGCAUCAAGUUUUAUAAAAAUUUCAAGGUUUCUAUGACAAACUUACAUAUAGCAUAUUGCGCGGGUGAUAAUGCCAGUCAAUACUCUCAAAUCCUGAGAAACGAUUCAUGUUUAAAAUUGAUGUGCACGUUUAAAAAAUGCUUAUACAAUGACGUAAAGUUUGAACAAAUCUUUCACAAAGUGAGAAAAUAUAUAUUAUUGUGAAAUGAUUCUUGAAUUACCUGGGUGAAUUAGUGAAUUAAAAUGAACUCCACUAAAAUGAUCGCUAUCGUACUAUUCAAUUAUUUAAAUAGUAUUAUUAAUAUUCUUAUUCUUUCUAUAAACCGUAGAAUUGCCAAUAUUGAAAAUCAGUUCCGCGAGAAAACAUAUAAAAGAUCGAAUAUCUCUAUCGUUCUUUUGCAUUGUCUUUAACUCUUCGUCAACUAAGAUAUUGAUACUGCAUUUGUGGAAUAAUAACUCCUGGGUUAUUGUUUACAAAACUAUGCAUAUUCCACUCACAGAGAAAUGUAAAUGUUGAUAGAGAACCGAUAAGAAUAUACUUAGUCUAUAUCGUCAGUGUCGUGUGACAUUGACGCUGUUACCUUGAAAUAAGUUUUGCAAUGUUCAGUCCUUUCUGGCGGGACUCACGGUUAAUAGUCAACACGAAGGUUCAAAUUAUGCACUUAAAAUAUAUUUAACCCGAAGGUUUCUGAUAAAAUAGGCGUAGCCGAAUAAAUUUCGAAUGUGAUCCACUUAGAGGCUACAUGCAACAACAAUUAAACUCUUGUUGUAACGUUUAAUUCUUUCCAUCUGUAACAUCGAUUUUGUCUCGUUAUAAAUUUGAAAGGAUUUUUGUGAAAUCGUAAGAGGAAAGUCGAGUUGCCGUAGGUAAAGUUAGGGACACGCGACGCUUCUGCCGACACCGGAAGUUAUUAUUAUUAAAUCAUUAUUAUUGGAGCCACUUUAUCAAUUUCGUAUCUUCUUCGUAUAGACCUUCGUAAAUUUUUCAUGAUAUAAAUUACGUGAAAUAUAUAACUAAAUAAAAUGUAAAUUAUAUAUUGCCGUGGUUUUCAUGGAAAAUUUUAAGUAAUGUUUGGAACUAUAUUUGGUUUUCAUCUUUUCUCUUUUUUUUUGACUAAGAGUCUUUGACGUGUGAUUUUAAAGCUUCUGUCAAGUAGAUAGUUCGUUAUACUAUUAUUUUAUUGAUAUGUGGAAAAAGUGUAUAGAGGUACAUUUUCAAUAAGAAAGCUAUAUAAUUACAUUCAUUACGAACGUCGUAAAUCCUUAAUCUAUUAAAACGAUAAAUCUCUUCAUAUUUCGUUCAGUCGACAAUAAGAAUUCAGACCGAGAUGAAGAGCACUGCACCGUUGCACAAUUCGUACAACACGACGGGACUGUGGAAGGUAUUAUUGCACCAUACUAAAGCAAUUUCAAAUAUGGCUUGCGAUAAUGAUCCGUAAUUGAAAUUGAGAAUGAAAAAAAAACGCGCGAGCAUCAUUGCAUCGAUUUCGUGAUCGUGCCGAAUCGUGAGCUGCUCUGAAUGGGAACAAGAUGACGGUCUCCUACCAAUACGAGGUCGCCAGUUCCACGAGCGGAGGAUUCACUCGUCUCCUGUUUAUGUGGCGUGGUUCUCUCUACAAGCUCAUCUACAGGGAACUUCUCCUAUUCCUGGCCCUAUUUAUCACAAUCUCGGCACUCUAUCGUCAUGUCUUCUCGCAGUCUCAAAAGAGGGAAUUUGAACAAGUUGUUGUGUACUGCGACACGUUCAUCAAUUUGAUUCCUUUGAGCUUUGUGCUUGGGUUCUACGUGGCUUAUGUAGCAGGAAGAUGGUGGCAACAAUACACAGCUAUUCCGUGGCCAGACAAGGUCAUGCACUCCGUGGCGCUAUAUGUUACUGGCGAUGAUGAAUACGGCCGUAUGCUGCGAAGAGCUCUUAUGCGUUAUCUCAACCUCUCUCUUAUCCUCGUAUUGAGAUCAAUCAGCUCUGCGGUUAAGAGACGAUUUCCUACCCUCGAUCACGUAGUUGAUUCUGGUUUUAUGACGUCGCUGGAAUUGGAACUGUUCCAAUCUGUACCCAGUUUGGAAUUCAAUACUUAUUGGAUUCCUUGUACUUGGUUCAUCAAUCUUUUAAAGGAAGCACGUCAAAGUCACAGGUUAUCUGAUGCUCAAGGACUUAAGAUAAUCAUGGAAGAAUUUAAUGAUUUUCGAUCAAAAUGUGGUCUUUUAUGGAGUUAUGACUGGGUAUCGAUUCCGCUUGUAUAUACCCAAGUGGUCACAUUAGCAACUUAUAGCUUCUUCGCUGUAGCAUUGGUAGGCCGACAAUAUAUAGAGGGAGGAAAAAAAGAUUUUCAAUCGCAAGUCGAUAUUUAUUUGCCAAUUUUUACAAUACUACAAUUCUUUUUUUUUAUGGGUUUACUUAAGGUUGCAGAACAACUAAUUAAUCCAUUUGGAGAUGAUGACGAGGACUUUGAAUUGAACUGGCUGAUAGAUAGACAUAUGAAAGUAUCUUAUCUUGGCGUUGAUACGCUAAUGAAUCGCUGCCCACCUCUCGUAAAAGAUAUAUAUUAUGAUGCUGAAAAUCUUACAUUACCCUAUACCGAAGCAGCAGCAGCUUACAAGAAGAAGACUUAUCGCGGAAGCGUCGCAAAUAUGACAGUACCGGAAGAGAAGCAAAAUAUGUUUUUACCUGAUAUCACUGAAGAAGAAGAGAACACAGGAACUAUGCCCACUCCGAGAACAUCGACAGCAAGUCUUGUCACUCACGCAAAUGACAGUCCUCAUAAUACCAGGCGCCAGAUUAGCGGGUCCCCUCCAACAACUCCGAAACUGUCUCGAAACUCUUCUGAAACAAUUAUCCAAUUGGAUAUACAAGAAAUACCUGCCGAAGGUGAACAAGGGGAACGUCGUUCAUUAGCAGAUACCGUGAAGAAAUAUUCGGCCAAAACAAAAUGCUCCACCCCUCGUGUCGAGUCACAAAAUAGAAAACCAUUUUUUGGUCUUGCGAAAGCAGCUAGAGUGAAUCUUCAACCAUGGCCCAGUGCGACUAAUCUCACUCAUUUCAGAACGUCACAAACAAGAGAAACAAGCUUAUCGCCUACUACUGCAAGAAGGGAACCAGAGCUAAUGCAACAAAGAAAAAAUUCUUUGAAAUUGAAAGUUCCCACGCAGUAUAAAGGUGGUGAGGAACAUAUGAAGAAUGAUUAUCAGGGUGUCGUAAAUUCUGCUUUUUCCCAGGAACGGCUUAUAAACGUUGAAUUAGCUAAAGAAGACGCCACUUCUUCUCAGUGCAACGCCUCAAAUUUUAAUGACAGAAAACAUUCCAUGUGUCAGUCUCAGCGUUCCUAUGAAAAUAUUUGUCAACAUGUGGCAUGUCGUGAUAUUCCAGCUAUAGAGAUUUUUGAAUGCCCAAGGAGACCAAGGUUACACAGUUGUCCUAAAUACCUGGUACGAAGACAAAGGUCCGUGGGAAGUAGCAGGAAGAAAAGUGUUCGUUGGAAACCAGUUACGGUGGAUGGUGCAGGAGACUCGAUAAUUCGAAGAAGAACCAUUGACUCAGUACCAACUGUUAAACGAAUGAUAGUGCAAGCAAAGAGUUCUCCUGAACUUAGUAAUUUGGGAAGUAUAUUAUCUACAACUGGUAAUGAAAGACAUGCGCAGGUUAAAGAAGAUGAAAAAGACAAGAAGGAGCCUCAAGACACUGAAUAAUAGAAUAUUGAAAUGAUGUAUUGUGAGACGUGUUCGGUGCAGAGGACCAUUAUUGAAACAUGAAGUGCAAUUGUUAUGAUGAAUCGACACCAUAAAACUGGAUCAAUUAUUUAAAUUGAAUGUGACCUAUGGGACAGACUAUCAAGAUAGGCAUCGUUUAUAUUUUAUUUAUUAAAUCUUAUAUUGCUGCUCACUGCUGAAAGUAAACAGGUUUUGUAUAACAUAUAACUUCGGAAAUGAGAUCUAUAUUAAAAAUUAUCUAUUGUAUGGAAACAGGAAAUACAUUAUAAAAUUAGGAUUUAGAAAGGCUUCGCAGCUUUGCUGGAUUAACUUUACUAGUCGGAAAACUAGGAAAACUAGACUUCCCAUUGUACAAAAUCAUUCCUCGUGAAAGAUUUUACUAAUUAGGAGUCUGAUAGUUUAGUCGUAUGACUUGUCCGGCAAAGUUAUGAAGGUGACUUUAUUAUAUUUGUAGGAAUAAUUAUUGCUCAUUAAACUAUAUAGUACAUAACUGCCGAGGUAUGUUCGAAUUUGUACUAUGUAGAAAAUAUAUAUUCCUUCUAUUGC